AUGGAUAGUGGCAAUGAAUCGUCGGCGGCGAUGCAACCACCGCUGAAUGUGACUACGGUGAAGCGGGAAGAUCUCAUAGAAUACAUACAAUCCACAGCGGCAUCGCUUUUCGGGGCCAAAAAAGGACACGAUGAGUUGUCGAUGAUUCUGCAGGCUUCGGACGCAAUUGAUCGUUUCAUCGCCGACGCCAAGACGAAUGUACUUGUCAUUGAGCGUUCUUUCUACAAAGAAGUCACUGAUGCGGAGGGUGAAAGCGAGCAAGGAGAAGACAGUGUGAUGUUCUCGGUGCGAAACGAUGUCCUUUUUCGAAACGAGCGAAGUACAUCCAUCAUCUAUAUUCGACGAGGGACGGUGAUCGAGGCCGAGAAGCCGAUUUCGGAUCAAACGCAAGUGCUUGUGCUGAGCGACGGAAGCCCCUACGAAACUUUAUGGGCAAUCAUCGGAAAAGCCGUUACUCCAUACUUCAAGUCGUUCAUCCGAGAAAGUGGCCGUGGAGAUCGAGACGGUGACAAGUUGGCGCCAGCAGUCGAGAAGAAUCUCAACGAGGCCGAAGUCGCACUUCUCCAUUUGCAACAAAACAUCGACAUCCCGGAGAUCAACCUCAUCAUUAAUCCGCACAUUCAACAGGCCAUCCAACUGGCGAUUGAUCAGGGACGACGUGCAAAGAUUGAGGACCUCGGAAAUUUGAUUGAGGACACUGACUUCUUGAAUGCUCUACAAAGUGGUGUCGGUCGUUGGAUCAAAGAGAUUCAAAAGGUGACGAAGUUGGAACGUGACCCUGCUUCCGGCUCUUCACUUCAAGAGAUGAACUUCUGGCUGAACUUGGAACGAGCUUUGCAGAAGAUUCAGCAAAAGCGUGAAAGCGAUGAGGUGCAAUUCACUUUGGAGGCGUUGAAAGCCGGAAAACGAUUUCACGCAUUGGUCUCAUUCGACUCGGACACAGGAUUGAAGCCAGCUAUUACACAAGUUACUGAUUACAACCUUUUGAUGAAGGAGAUGCCAUUGAAUGAAAUCGUCUCGGCUACGGAUCUUAUUGCCCUCCGUGACGCUAUCGGAAAUGUUUUCACUCAUCUCAAGAAACUUCGAUCAACAAAGUAUCCAAUUGGGCGGGCCCUUCGUUUUCUGGAAGCGAUCUCCCGGGAUUUGAACACGCAGAUGAUCAAGAUAUUGAGUACAAGACGAUUAAUGCAUAUCUCGAUCAAGGAGUUUGACCACAUUAUCAAGGAGGUGUUUGAAGUGUUCGCCAAAUGGGACGAUGAAUAUGAUCGAUUGAUUGCUUUGAUGCGUGAUUUGUCGAAGAAGAAACGAGACGAGAACACGAAGCUUUCCUUCAAGACCAACCCGGUGCAUAAGAAGUUCGAGCAUCGAAUGACGAAUAUCAACACUUUCCGAAGACAACACGAUCAAUUCCGUUCGGUCAUUGAGAGAGUGCUCUGCCGACGACAAAAGUUGAGCGAAGGACUUCUACAGGGAAAAAGUGCGGCUCUCGAAUUGAAAGAUUCGACGGCAAUUGAGCUGAUCGAUCGAGCGUACGAUUACGUCAAAGAAGCUGACUGCUUGGAUGUUUCGCCUGAAGGGAACGCUUCGUGGGAUGCUGCCCGAAAUAGAUACGAGGAACAAGUUAAACGCGUGGAGAACGACAUCACGGCUUGUCUUCGAGAUCAACUUGGAGCAGCAAAGAACGCAAAAGAAAUGUUCUCCAUCUUCUCCCGCUACAACGCUUUGUUCGUCCGUCCACAUAUUCGAGGUGCUAUUCGAGCAUAUCAGACUCAAUUGAUCGACAAGGUCAAGGAAAACAUCACCGAGUUGCAGGAGAUCUUUGCAGCGAAGAAAAACGAUCAACGCCGUCACGAUCAAUUGACAUCUCUUCUCGACAUUCAACCGCUCUCCGCUCGUAUCACCUUUGUGCGGAACAUCGAGAACAAGCUAAACGAUUCGAUGAAGAAAGUGGAAUAUGUUCUUGGCAAAGGAUGGGAAAAUCACGUUGAAGGCCAACAGCUGAAGAAAGAAAGCGACAAUUUCCGCAAGAAGCUUGAUGUCCAACCGAUGCUCGACGAAUGGAUCAAGCACAUGCACGAGAAAACCAUUUCCGCAUCGGCACGCUUGUUCUUGGUGGAGAAGCGAAGCAAGGAUGGAAAACCUUUGUCAAUUCUAAAGGUAAACUUCCGUGAGGACAUGAUUCAAUUGCACAAAGAGGUCCGCUUCUUGAAGAACAUAUUGCAACGAGUGAACAUAAAGAUUGUCAAUGCAGCACAUCAAGCUUACCAAAUCAAUCCUUAUGCGGUUGUUUUGAACGAGUCGAUUCGAACAUUCUACUAUGUGGAGACCCAGCUUGCGGAAAGAAAGGACUUAGAGUUGCUCAUCGCCUCUUCAAGAAAAGAAGUUCAAUCUAUUCUACUUGAGGGUGCUCAACUUUCGUGGGAGUCAUACAAGCUCGAGCCAUACGUCACCAAGAUUCAUCAAGCGGUCAACAAAUACAGCGAGAAGUGCGAGGAAUUGAUGGACAUCAUCACGAAGAUUGAUGGAGCACUCGCCGCUCUUGACUCUUGCCCUUGCACGAAUGAAACGAUCGCCGAACAACUAAAGAUGAUUCAAGAAAACGUCGAUAUGCUUCUCCUUGGCAGCUACUCGAACUUACAAAAAUGGGUCGACGAUCUGGACAAAAACAUUGAAGCAAAGCUCGGAAAACGUGCGCAAGAGGCCAUUCGUUUGUGGGCUUUGGUUUACAGCGAAUCGGAAGAAAUUGAUGACUACAAAGAGCAAAACAUUCAACUUCCACAUGUCCAUCCGGUUUUCAUUGAGAUUCGAUUGACAGCACAAACAAUCUACGUAUCGCCAUCGAUUGAACAAGCACGAGCCCGCCUUUUGGAACAACUCUUCGACUGGCAAUCGAUUGUCACUUUGCAACCGAGAGUCUCGAGCACUCGCUUCCAGUUGGCGAUGAAUUCUGACACCUUGGAGAAGACGUACAAAGAUGUGUUGUCAGCUUUGCCUGGAGGACUAAGCGUUCUUGAGUUGGCGUAUUCGACAGUUGAUGCAAUCAUGAAAAAAGUGGAAGAUUACGUCGGUGAAUGGCUCCGUUAUCAAGCACUCUGGGAUCUUCAAGCUGAGGUGCUCUACGAUGCGCUUGGCAGCGAUUUACCAAAGUGGAUGAAGACGCUUGUCGAGAUUCGAAAGAGUCGGGGCACAUUUGAUACAACGGAAACUCAAAAGAGAAUCUUCCCCGUGAUCAUCGAUUAUGUGAAGGUGCAAAGCAAGGUCACACUCAAGUACGACUAUUGGCACAAGGAGGUUCUGCAGAAGUUCGGAAACGCGCUGGGACAAGAAAUGCAAACGUUCUUCGGAAACAUCUCGAAGUGGCGCGGCGAAUUAGAGAAUCAGAGUGUCGACUCCGGAUCAACGAAUGACUCCGUUCAAUUGAUCACCUACGUGCAAAUGCUCAAGAAACAGACGAAAUCUGGACAAGAACAUGUCGAUCAGUUCCGGAACGCUCAACGAUUGCUCAGCCAACAACGCUUCCAAUUUCCCAAUCAAUGGCUUUACGCGGAACAUGUUGACGGUGAAUGGGGUGCUCUGCAAGACAUUUUGAUGCGCAAGGACUCGUCUAUCCAAAAUCAGGUUGCCAAUCUGCAAAGUAAAAUCAAAGAGGAAGAUGAGCUUGUCGAGAAGCGGACGGUUGAAACGUUGCAAGAUUGGGAACGAUCACGACCAAUUGAAGGUGGACAAAGACCAGCCGAUGCGUUGACUCUACUCACCAAUUUCGAGCAACGGAUGGGAAAAUUACAGGAAGACCGCGACAAGAUGAAAAAGGCACGUUUGGCUUUGGACAUGACAGAGAACACUGGUGUGCCGGCGGAAGCUGAUCGACUUGUGGUCGCCGUAGAAGAGCUGAACGACCUCAAGGGCGUAUGGGAGGCCUUGAAACCGUUGUACACUGAAGUCGACGAAAUGAAGGACAAGACCUGGUUGAGUGUGCAGCCAAGAAAACUCCGACAAAGCCUUGACGAGUUGUCACAGAAGCUCAAAGGACUUCCCGUCAAAUACAAGACCUACAAGAGCUACGAAAGUGCCAAGGAGUUGAUGCAAAAUUAUUCGAAGAUGAACAUGUUAAUCACGGAGUUGAAGUCGGAGGCGCUGAAAGAAAGGCAUUGGCGUUUGUUGAUGAAAGAACUUCACGUCAAUUGGAAUCUACAAGAUUUGACUCUUGGCCAAGUCUGGGAUGCAGACAUUCAACGACAUGAAAAUGCGAUCAAGCAAAUUUUGUUGGUGGCCCAGGGAGAAUUAGCACUGGAAGAGUUCCUGAAACAGCUUCGUGAGUUCUGGCAGACUUACGAAGUGGAGUUGAUCAACUACCAAAACAAGACUCGAUUGAUCAAAGGAUGGGACGAACUAUUCAACAAACUCAAGGAACAUCAGAACUCGUUGGCUGCCAUGAAGCUUUCGCCUUAUUACAAGCAAUUCGAGGAGGAUGCAUUGGCCUGGGAAGACAAGUUGAACCGAAUCUCGGCUAUGUUUGAUGUGUGGAUCGAUGUUCAGCGGCGAUGGGUCUAUCUGGAAGGCCUCUUUAGUGGAAGUGCCGAAAUCUCAACGUUGUUGCCAAACGAAAGCGCGCGAUUCUCCAGCAUCUCAUCCGAGUUCCUGGCGUUGAUGAAGAAGGUGACCGCUGCUCCACGUAUCUUGGAUGUCGUCAUGAUGCAAGGAGCACAGCGAUUGCUCGAAAGACUGGCCGAAAUGCUUGCUAAGAUCCAAAAAGCCCUGGGAGAAUAUCUGGAACGUGAACGCUCGUCAUUCCCUCGUUUCUACUUCGUAGGAGAUGAAGAUCUUCUCGAAAUCAUGGGCAACUCAAAGGACAUUUCUCGACUUCAGAAACACUUGAAGAAAAUGUUUGCCGGAGUCACAUCGGUUGAUCUCACUGAGGAGGAUAAGAAGAUCAUUGCAAUGACAAGUCGUGAAGGCGAGACGGUGGCUCUAUCAACUCCAGUUUUCACACAAGGAAUCCGAAUCAACGAUUGGCUUCGCUCGUUUGAGACUGAAAUGCGUGGCACAUUGGCGAAGAACCUUGCAGCUGCUCUGAAAGAUUUCUCGAAGUUCGACAUCGAAAGCGUGACACACGAUCAAUACAUGGAAUGGCUCGACAAAUAUCCAUGUCAAGUGAUUGGACUUGUGGCCGAAAUCUGGUGGAGCAAUAAAAUGGAGAACGCAUUCACACAAGGCAAAGAUCCGUCAGAAGUUGAAGCGGCAGUUUCGAAAACGCUUGCUUUACUCGCCGAUAAUGUCCUGAAAGAACAACCAGCCAUUCGACGUCGCAAGAUUGAGAUGCUCAUCACGGAAUUCGUUCACAAACGAGAUAUCUCACGGCAAUUGAUCAAGAAAGGAACAAAAUCCGCCACUGACUUUGAAUGGCUACAAGUGAUGCGAUUCUACUUUGAUCCGAACCAAUCUGACGCCGAGAAGUGUUGCAUUGUGCGCAUGGCGAACGCUUGCUUCUUCUACGGAUUCGAAUACCUCGGAAUUCAGGAAAGACUUGUCCGUACUCCACUUACGGACCGCUGUUACCUUACGAUGACACAGGCGUUGCACUCGAGACUUGGAGGCUCACCAUUUGGUCCAGCUGGAACCGGAAAGACGGAAUCAGUUAAAGCGCUUGGACAUCAACUUGGAAGAUUCGUCUUGGUGUUUAACUGCGACGAAACGUUUGACUUCCAGGCAAUGGGAAGAAUUCUGGUUGGUCUUUGUCAAGUCGGCGCUUGGGGAUGCUUUGACGAGUUCAAUCGGCUCGAAGAAAGAAUGUUGUCGGCUGUUUCGCAACAAAUCCAAACGAUCCAGGAAGCGGUUCGAGCUGGCGGAGAAAUGUCAAUCGAUCUCGUCGGCAAACGACUCAAUGUCAAUUCAAACAUCGGAAUCUUCAUCACAAUGAAUCCUGGAUAUUCUGGCCGCUCAAAUCUACCGGAUAACUUGAAACAAUUGUUCCGUUCGCUUGCCAUGACUCAACCAGAUCGUCAACUGAUUGCACAAGUGAUGCUCUUCUCACAAGGUUUCCGAACAGCUGAAGUUCUCGCUAACAAAAUCGUCCCAUUGUUCAUUUUGUGCAAAGAACAAUUGUCCGCUCAAUGUCACUACGAUUUCGGAUUGCGAGCUCUUAAAUAUGUGCUUGUGUCUGCUGGAAACGUCAAACGAGACAAACUCGCCAAAAUGGGAUCAGCGGCAUUGGAAGACGUGGCUGAACAACAAAUGCUCAUCCAAUCAGUCUGUGAAACGAUGGUGCCGAAGCUGGUCAGUGAAGACAUCACUUUGUUGUUCUCGCUGUUAUCCGAUGUCUUCCCAUCGAUCCAGUAUACACCAAAUCAAAUGCUUGAACUGCGCAAUCAAAUCUCCACGGUCUGUGGGGAACAACUUCUUUGCCAUUCGGACAUUGACGGCGAACUGGGAUCAACAUGGGUCAACAAAGUCUUGCAACUUUAUCAAAUUACCAAUCUCAAUCACGGUUUGAUGCUCGUUGGACCUUCGGGCAGUGGAAAGACAGCAGCUUGGAAAGUGUUGUUGAAGGCACUCGAACGCUUGGAGAAAGUUGAAGGCGUAAGCCAUGUUAUUGAUGCGAAAGCCAUGUCGAAAGACUUCUUGUACGGUUGGAUGGAUCAGAACACACGAGAAUGGACUGACGGAUUGUUCACGGCAAUCGUUAGACGAAUCAUUGACAACGUACGCGGAGAAUUGGACAAGCGCCAAUGGAUUAUCUUUGACGGAGACGUUGAUCCAGAAUGGGUGGAAAAUCUCAACUCGGUGCUCGACGACAACAAGCUUUUGACAUUGCCGAAUGGAGAACGACUUGCUAUUCCGCCAAAUGUUCGAAUCAUCUUCGAAGUUGCUGAUCUCAAAUAUGCGACUCUCGCGACAGUUUCUCGGUGUGGAAUGGUGUGGUUCAGCGAAGAAGUGGUCAACAAUGAUAUGCUCUUCUCGCACUUCUUGCAGCGCAUGAGAAAUGUGAGCAUCGAGAAUGAGGUGACUGGAUUUGAUCAAAUUCACAUCGUGAAAGAGGACCACCCAUCACGUUCAAUGAAAAUUCAAAGGAUUGCGGCCGAUGCUCUUCAACAACACUUCAAUUCUGGUGGUCUUGUCCCAUUAGCUCUUCAAUUCGCCUUGGCCGACUGCGAUCACAUCAUGCUGGCUACAACACAACGACUGCUUUCAUCGUUCUUCGCAAUGAUGAAUUACUCUGUCCGCUCGCUAAUUCAAACGGAUGCCAUGAACACAGAAUUCCCCAUUUCGGUGGAUCAAAUUGAGAGCUACGUGACACGAUCGAUGUUGGCAAACUUGGUCUGGGCAUUCACUGGAGAUGGAAAGUUGGUGAACAGAGAAGCGCUGAGUGACUUUAUCCGAAAGAGCACAACUUUACCGCUGCCACCAAAUACACAGCUUCCAUUGAUUGACUACGAAGUAACACCAACGGAAUGGCGUCCCUGGUCAGCCAAGGUACCGAAGAUGGAAAUUGAAGCUCACCGUGUGGCGGCGGCAGAUUUGGUCGUACCCACAAUUGAUACAGUUCGUCACGAAAUGCUGCUUUCGGCUUGGUUGAGUGAACAUAAACCACUCGUUCUGUGCGGACCUCCUGGAUCGGGAAAAACAAUGACUUUGUUGGCUGCUCUACGAUCUCAACAGGACAUGGAUGUUGUAAAUGUGAAUUUCUCCUCAUCGACCACUCCUGAACUUUUGAUGCGCACAUUCGAUCACUAUUGUGAAUACAGGCGAACACCGAAUGGAGUUGUUUUAUCACCGAUCCAACUUUCAAGAUGGCUUGUCAUUUUCUGCGAUGAGAUCAACUUGCCGGCGCCAGACAAAUACGGAACGCAACGUGUGAUCUCUUUCUUGCGUCAACUUGUCGAAUUGAAUGGCUUCUAUCGCACAUCGGAUCAUUCAUGGGUUUCACUGGAAAGAAUUCAAUUUGUUGGAGCAUGCAAUCCUCCAACCGAUCCAGGAAGACAUCCAAUGUCGCUUCGAUUCUUGCGACACGUGCCUGUUGUCUACGUGGAUUACCCUGGAAAGUUGUCUCUUGAGCAAAUCUACGGCACAUUCAAUAAUGCGAUGUUGAAGCUGGCUCCAUCGGUGCGAGCAAUGGCGGAUUCGCUGACAAGUGCGAUGGUGGAAGUUUAUUUGACCAGUCAGAAAGAAUUUACCCAAGACGCUCAACCGCACUACGUCUAUUCGCCAAGAGAGCUGACACGAUGGGUUCGAGGAAUCUCCGAGGCAAUCGCUCCACUCGAUUCGAUUCAAGGAGAGGAUUUGGUUCGACUUUGGGCUCAUGAGGCGCUUCGCUUGUUCCAGGAUCGCUUGGUCACUGAUGAGGAAAGAACGUGGACCGACAAUUUGAUUGAUUCAACGGCUGAGAAAUACUUCGGAGGAAAUGUCAACGUCAAGAAAGCCCUUCAACGACCGAUCCUCUACUCGUGCUGGCUCAGCAAGCAUUACUUGCCCGUCUCAAGAGAUGAACUACGAGACUACGUAAAGGCACGUCUGAAGGGAUUCUACGAAGAGGAACUCGACGUGAAAUUGGUGCUUUUCGAUCAAAUGCUGGAUCAUGUGUUGCGAAUUGACAGAAUCUAUAGACAACCACAAGGGCAUUUAUUGCUGAUUGGAACAAGUGGCUCUGGAAAGACAACGCUUUCUCGUUUCGUUGCUUGGAUCAAUGGAUUGUCAGUCUUCCAAUUGAAAGUUCACUCCAAAUACACGGCUGCUGACUUCGAUGAGGACAUGAGACAAGUGCUGCGACGCGCCGGUUGCCGAAAUGAGAAGAUGUGCUUCAUCAUGGACGAGAGCAACAUGCUGGACACGGGAUUUUUGGAGAGAUUGAACACCUUGUUGGCAAACGGAGAAGUGCCUGGCUUGUUCGAGGGCGACGAACACACGACAUUGAUGACACAAAUCAAAGAAGGCGCUGCUCGUCAAGGAUUGAUGCUCGACACGCACGAUGAGUUGUACAAAUGGUUUACGGCGCAAGUUAUGAGAAAUCUUCACGUGGUCUUCACGAUGAAUCCGUCAGAGAACGGCCUUCGAGAUCGUGCCUCAACAUCGCCUGCUCUCUUCAACAGAUGUGUUCUCAAUUGGGCUGGUGAUUGGGCAGAGACAGCACUUUUCCAAGUCGGAGCUGAAUUGACGAACGGACUGGACAUGGACCGAACCGAUUACGAGCCACCAUUUGCCUUUGAUGCAGUUGGCGACAUUGUACCCCAACCACCGCAGUAUCGUCAUGCCAUCGUUAACACAUUGGUGCAUGUGCACAAAACGGUUCAAAAGUUGAACUCCACCGAAUCGAAGCGAGGACAUCGCACAAUGGCUGUCACGCCAAGACACUUCCUCGACUGUAUUCGCCACUUCACAAAUCUAUUCCACGAAAAGCGACACGAACUUGAGGAGGAGAAGAUCCACUUGAACAUCGGCUUGAACAAAAUUCGAGAAACCGAAGAACAAGUCAAAGAUCUCCAGAAGAGCCUCACUGAAAAGAGCCGAGAACUCGAGGAGAAAAAGACGGCCGCCAAUGCAAAGCUGAAGCAGAUGUUGGCCGAUCAACAAAAGGCUGAAGAAGAAAAACGACUAUCGGAACAGCUGCAGAAAGAACUCGUCGAACAAUUGGGGCAAAUUGCUGUAAAGAAAGAAACCGUUGAAGCAGAUUUGUCAAAGGUGGAACCGGCUGUCAAAGAUGCACAACUCGCCGUCCAAGGAAUACAGAAACCACAGCUUGUCGAACUCCGUUCAAUGGCUUCUCCACCCACACUCGUCAAAAUAUCGCUGGAAGCAAUGAUGAUCAUGCUGCACGAAAAUGUCGGCACCGACUGGAAAGCGAUCAGAGCGGUGAUGGUCAGGGACGAUUUCAUGUCGAGGAUCUUGAACUAUGACGCCGAUCAAGUCACCCCCGAACUCAUCAAGGCAAUAGAUAAAUAUAUCAACAAUCCGGAUUGGGAGUUCGAAAAAGUCAACCGAGCCUCACAAGCAUGCGGCCCAAUGGUGAAAUGGGCGCGAGCUCAACUGCUGUACUCAGAAAUGUUGCAUAAGGUUGGCCCACUCCGCAAUGAAUUGAAACGAUUGGAGAGUGAUGCCGAAAGAAAGACCAAAGAAGGUGAAGAGGUGAAGACCCGAAUUGGACAACUUGAGCAAAGCAUUGGCGCCUACAAGGAUGAAUAUGCCCAACUCAUCGGUCAAGCUGAGAAUAUCAAGGCCGAUCUCGCUGCUGUUCAAAUCAAGGUCGAACGAUCUCAACAACUUUUGUCCUCACUUGGUUCGGAAAGACAUCGGUGGACGGGUAGCUGUGACGGUUUCUCGCAACAAAUGGAUACCUUGAUUGGCGAUGCGAUGAUCACUGGAGCCUAUCUCUCGUACUCUGGAUAUUUCGAUCAACACUUCCGCGAUCUCCUCUUCUCGAAAUGGUCUGAACAUGCGCAAAAGGCUGGCAUCAAAUUCCGUAGUGAUUUGGCUCGCAUCGAGUAUUUGAGCUCGGUCGAUGAACGACUCAAUUGGAACAGAAACGGCUUGCCAGUGGACGAUCUUUGCAGUGAGAAUGCGAUCAUGUUGCAUCGCUUUAACAGAUACCCAUUGAUCAUCGAUCCAUCCGGACAAUCAAUUGACUUUGUGAUGAAACAGUUCGAAGGAAAGAACAUUCAGAAGACGUCAUUCCUUGACGAAGGAUUCCGAAAGAACCUCGAAUCAGCGCUUCGCUUUGGAAACUCAUUGCUGGUGCAAGAUGUCGAGAGCUACGAUCCAAUUCUGAACCCAGUCCUCAAUCGGGAAAUAAAACGCGCUGGUGGACGCAUUCUAAUCACAAUUGGCGAUCAAGACAUCGAUCUUUCGCCGUCAUUCCAAAUCUUUUUGUUCACAAGAGAUCCUUCGGUCGAAUUCCCGCCAGAUGUUUGCUCUCGUGUCACCUUCGUCAACUUCACAGUCACUUCAUCGUCCCUCUCGAGUCAAUGCCUGAACCAAGUGCUUCGAAGCGAGCGACCCGAUGUGGACAAGAAACGAAGCGAUCUAUUAAAGUUACAAGGAGAAUUUGCCGUUCGACUACGACAACUUGAAAAGGCACUGCUUACGGCGCUCAAUGAAAGCAAGGGAAAGAUCUUAGAUGACAAUUCGGUUAUUGCUACAUUGGAAAACCUGAAGACCGAGGCAAACGAAGUGCAAAAGAAGGCCGCCGAGACGGACAAAGUGAUGGCUGAAGUUGAAACGGUGUCGAAUCAAUACGCUCGACUUGCAUCUGCUUGUUCGCAAAUCUAUCACACACUUCAACAGCUAAAUGAGGUUCAUUUCUUGUACCAAUUCUCGUUGGACUUCCUCAUGGACAUCUUUACGACAACUUUGAAGACAGCCGAACUGCAGAGCCUUCAAGAUUAUACACAGCGAUUGCAUUUGAUCACGCAGACACUUUUUGAGACGGUCUUUGGCCGAGUCUCAUGUGGCAUGCUUCAUGCAGAUAAAUCCAUGCUUGCUCUGCUUCUGCUGAGAAUCUUUGUGAAGACUGGCGGGGAAACGGCUUACGAUAUGCAAUGGAAUCAUCUCCUUGGACGAAAUGAACUCUUUGCACAAGCGAAAACGAAUGAGAAGAAACCUUCUGGACUCGAGUUUUUGAAUGCCGAUCAAAUUUCGACGAUCAUCAAGCUCACCAAAGUUUCCAGCUUCGAGAAGAUAUUUGAGAAAAUCGCUAGCAAGAAAGAGGAUGUGAAGAAAUGGAUCGAUGCUGAGCACGCGGAGAAUGAUGUGCCAGAAUUGUGGGAUCAGCCCGAGAAAGCUUUGACAAGCUUGGGAACUGCCUUGUACCGUCUUCUCGUCAUUCACGCAUUGAGACCCGAUCGUCUUUUGGCAUCCGUCCAUCAUCUGAUCGAAGCCGAAUUUGGAGCGUCGUUUAUGCAACAAGAUCGUGUAAUCGACCUCGGAAAUUUGGUUGCUAACGAGGUUGAUGCUUCUCAUCCAUUGCUAUUGUGCUCGACAGUUGGUUAUGAUGCAUCAGGAAAGGUUGAGGAUUUGGCGCUCAAUUCGAACAAGGACGUGGUCUCGAUUGCCAUUGGUUCUGCGGAAGGAUUCAGUCAAGCCGACAAUGCACUCACAUCAGCCUCGAAGACUGGGCGAUGGAUCUUGUUGAAGAACGUACACUUGGCACCGACUUGGCUUGGACAAUUGGAGAAACGGCUGCACUCGUUGAAGGCUCACCCAGCAUUCCGUCUGUUCUUGACCGCGGAGAUCCAUCCAAAACUUCCGUCGUCGGCGAAUCUCUUGCGAUCACUCUCCACAUUGCCGCCUGCUCGAAUUUCCAAGUUGCCAUCGGAACGUUCUCGUCUCUACCUUCUCAUUUGCUGGCUUCAUGCUCUUGUUCAAGAAAGACUCCGCUACACACCACUUGGCUGGGCCAACGCUUACGAGUUCAGUGAUGCCGAUCUUCGAGUUGCUUUUGAUACGCUUGAUUCUGCCAUUGACACCAUUGCUCAAGGUCGUACAAAUGUUGCUCCCGAGAAACUUCCAUGGUCGACACUUCGCACACUGCUUUCACAAUGCAUCUAUGGUGGAAAGAUUGACAACCAGUUCGAUCAAGCGCUUCUCGAUUGCCUACUCAACAAACUCUUUACACCAAAAGCCUUCAAUGCCGAUUACAAGUUGAUUGAGCGAUUCCAACAGGAGAAUCCACUUUUGAUGCCUGAAGUUACGACAAAGGACUCGUUGCUGAAAUGGGUUGAAUCAUUGGGGCAACAGCAAUUGCCGUCAUGGCUUGGACUUCCGAAUAACGCCGACAAAGUGCUUCUGACUCUACGAGGAAAAGCAAUGUUGAGAAACCUUUUGCGUGUGACCGAUGACGAGUUUGCCGUCGGAAUGUCGACACAAGAGGACAAAGUGGUCAAACCGUCAUGGAUGGAGACGCUCAAGGCGACGACGGCAAAAUGGUUGGACAACUUGCCGAAGGAGAUCAUUCGCAUGAAGAGAACAAAGGAUAACAUUCGGGAUCCACUGUUCCGAUUCUUCGAACGUGAAGUGAAUCUCGGUGCUCAACUUGUACAGGAUAUGCGACGAGACUUGCAAGAGCUUCUACUUGUGUGUGUCGGUGAGAGGAAGCAAAGCAAUGAAACAAGGACUCUUGCCUCAUCACUCCAACGUGGACAAGUGCCGACGGAUUGGCUUCGAUACACUGUGCCUCGAGAUGUGAUCGUUGGUGACUGGGUUGAGGAUUUCUUCAACCGCAUCAAGCAACUUCAACAAAUUGCAGCGAGUCAAUCUCUGAAGCGUGAAACAAUCUGGCUUGGUGGUCUCUUCAGUCCGGAAGCCUACGUGACAGCCACACGACAACAAGUUGCUCAAGCGAACACAUGGUCAUUGGAGCAAUUGCAUUUACACGUCACUUUUGGCGAUGCCGAUGGAUUCUCGAUCAAUGGAAUGGGACUUCGAGGAGCCGAUCCAGCUGGUACAUCGUCGUUGAAACUUUCCGACUCGGAACGCAGCUCGAUCCCGCGUGUCGUCUUCUCGUGGAAACAGGAAGCGGCAACGGGAAUCCGGAUCCCACUCUACUUGUACGGUGAUCGAAAACAUCUCAUCGUGGCCGCCUCUUUCGGAACAAACCAAAACGACGUCUUCUACGAGCGCGGAGUGGCGUUGGUGGCCAAUAACGCAUUCAGC